AUGGUGAAGAGGCGAGAGAAGACGAAAAUAGCGCUGAUAGAUCUUGAUUCGGAAAUUCUUGCUCACCGAAUGGGAUUACUCGAUUUUGGAUCAAAUAUUUAUAACCAGUUUAUUGCCAAGAUCAGAGAGUCUACUAAACUUUCAUCGAGCGGAGUUGCGAAUGGUGUCGCGAAGUCUGAGGAUGACGCUUUAUUAAAGAAAAAAGCAAAACGGCGGAAGAUUCGAACGGUUGCUGCCAGUGUUGAUCGUGAGGUUCCAAGCAAGGCAUGGCUGAAAAAGAAUGCUGAAGUUUGGAAUCGCCCUCCCUCUGUUUUCGCACCAUCUGGCGUUUCACCGGUUGCUGAAGUUGAUCUAUCAGCGGCUUCUGAAGAGGAUCGGGACGGCCCAUUCGUUUUCAAGCGACGGAGGGGAUGCCUGUACCGAGGCCCUAUCUUUGCGGAUAGCAAUCCGCUUGAGGACCACUUGCCUUCAAAGAUCCCCAAGUCGAGGCAUUUGUACGAGACGUAUCUUCCCCGUUGCGACGGUGUUAUUCGUCGGAUUGGUUUGGCGCGUCGAAGGCUUGGAAGGGGAGGACGGGUGUUGUUUGACCGGUUUCAAUGUUGGGAUGUUCCUCGCGUUCCCAGCCCCAGUGAUCCUUUCUCCGACGAUUUUCUUCAGAAUGCUUCAGUGUCUUUCCACGCUCGUCUUCAUUCUCGGCAGGAUCAAUGCGAUGUGCAUCCCAAACGAGUUCCUUCUUGGAGCCGUGCCGCAGAAGAGGACUGUGAGCGGCGAUGGUUGGCAAGUGGUGAUAACCCUCCUGAUGCUAAAAGUCCUGAACAGGAUGUCGGCUCAGAUAGUAAUCACAUGCCCAUCGCAAGGAUAUCAUCCGAUCCUCCCGUUACUACUCAGUCGGGAAACGGAUUAGCGGGCAGAGUGGACCCAUCGACCCUCAUUCGACUAAGGUAUCGUAUAGAGUAUGGAGCUGUACCAGCAUCAGAUGAGUGGCGAGAGGCUAGUGGGUCGCCAUCGGAGUCGAAUUCCUCUACGGAUUGGGUUUCUCCGCCUAUGGCUACCCAAAUUUAUCCCGCUUUGUCAAGCGAGGAGGAAGCCCGAACUGGUGAUCAUCCGAUCGCAAAGCAGCCACCUGUUAAUGUUAAAGGGUCUGUUGGUGGGUCGGACGAAAUCGAGUUCUAG